UGGAGAAACUCCCUCCACCGCCUGCGCUACUGCGCCUCACCUGCACGGCUGUGAUGACGAACGUGAUGAGCGCUCACCUCGAUCCUCUCCUCACCGUGCUCGUCACUUUCCUCACCUUCUUCCCGGCGGCAACACAGGACGACAUCGGCUUCGACUCUGGAAAGGGGUCACCACCCGGACACCAGGCGCUUCCCCUGACCGUCCACAGAACCCUGGUCGUCAUGGGCGUCCUCACGGUCUGCAUCAUCCUGUCCUGCGCAUGCUUCGGCGUCUACUGGAGGAGGAGGCUACGAGCUCAAGAGCGAGCCCAGGAAGAAGCCCUGAACGCCCCUCCUCCGAGUUACUACGACGUCGUGACGGAACCGUACGAGUUCGAGAUAACAGUCGAGUCGGGAGCCUCGCAGACACACACAGAUGAUUCCCCUCCGUCUCCCCCAGGUCCUGCUGGACCCCAGGACUUCGUGUACACCGCCACCCAGCGCCCACAGAGCGCAGUAACACCGCUGUCCGUACAGGCGCUGCUGCGGGGAGUCAGGAUGUCGCGGCUGGCGGCGGCAGAAACUCAGAGACAAGAAGAGGAACAGUACGCAGACAAUGAUGAUGACGAAGAGCCCCCUCCAACUUACGACAGUUACAUGAACUAUUCCGUCACUCCUACUCGGAUCAGUGACGGCUGAUUGGAAACAGAACGUACAAUUUUUUACACACGUAAACUUGUACAUAAAGUAGUCAAAACAGUAACCCAUAACAUUAUUACCCUAACCCUCACUCAAGACUGGUUUUCAUAUCUCUAUACAUAUAUACCGACUCACUAGUGUAUACGUUGGAGACUUCCGAUUUGUAUUAUAGUAAAGUUUAAAUUUUGUUCAUGAUAUCAAGUAACUAUAUUACUCAUAUUGAGUACGUACGAGUACCAUGCUGGCAGCAAAACAAUUAUACAACACAAGUAUCUUAUAGUUUUCUCUUCAGUAUUACGCAGUAUAAGAUUUCAAACAGACUAGAGUUUAUACUAUGAAGCGAUGUAAUCGCUAAAAUUCAUUAAGAAAAGUUAAAAGUUUAUUUAUUCAAGAUAUUGUAUGCAUCUGAUGUUGUGAGGAUAGCGAUUUUCAAAAUCCUCUUAUAUAUAUAAUAAAGCACAUUAUAC